UAAAGAUAUGACUUUUCAAAUUUACAGAUAUUUCUUGAAGAACUUGGUGUUUUCCGCUGGAAAUUUGAAAUUCUUAUAGAGGUGGGGAGAUGUUUGCUUGAACUCAUAUUCACAUAUUGCGUUUGAGUUUCUUUUGUUUCACUUUUUGUCUCAUAUUGAUAUUUGCUAUGGAAGGGAAGGUGUUUUUGGGCCAAUACUUGAUAUGGAUUAUGUUACUGCUGGGACAGAUACAUGGAUCCAAAAGCUGUAUUCAGAAUGAAAAGAACGCUUUGUUGGACUAAUGACACAAAGAGUGAUUACUGUCUGUGGAAGGUCAUUGAGUGAUCGCACUAGCGGGCGGGUUAUCAAGCUUUCCUUUGGUAAACCUUUCUUCAAAAUCUAACUCACUUCAAGUAGAGUUGGGAAGUUCUUGGAAGCCGAAAUUUCAGUUGAGUGUUAUUUCACUAGGAGCUUGCAAUUUGGUGAAGGUUCCUCAUUUUCCUAUACCAGAAGGAUUUGCGUCAUGUUGAUCUCUCUAACAAUAAUAAGUUUCCAUCGUGGCUGCUGGAGAACAAUACAAAACUCGAGGCUUUGCUUCUACAGAAUAACUCUUUUACAAGCUUGCAGCUACCGCAAUCUGAUCAUAAUCUGCUUUACCUGGAUGUUUCAGUUAAUGGAUUUGAUCAACUCUUUCCUCAGAACAUUGGGUGAAUACUUCCUUGCUUACAUUAUAUGAAUCUAACGACUAAUGGUUUUCAAAGAAAUCUACCAUCUUCUCUGGGUAACAUGGAAAUGAUUGAAUUUCUGGAUAUAUCUCACAACAGUUUCCAUGGGAAGCUACCAAGAAGUUUUUUGAAGGGUUGUGAUUCCUUGAUAGUCUUGAAACUAUCACAUAAGAAACUAAGUGAGGAGGUUUUUCCAGAAGCAUCAAACUUUUUUUCAAUACUAGAGCUGUCUAUGGAUAACAAUCUGUUUACAGGAAAGAUUGGAAGAGGUUUGCAGAGCUUGAGAUCUUUGAUUAUGCUUGACAUUUCGAACAACAAUCUCUCAGGUGUUAUUCCAAGUUGGUUUGACCAACUUCAAGACUUACAUUCGCUACAGAUUUCUAACAACUUGUUGGAAGGUGAAGUACCUAUAUCGUUAUUCAACAUGUCCAGUCUUCAACUACUGGCCCUCUCUGCAAACAGUUUAUCAGGGGACUUACCUCAAGCCAUUUCUGGAUAUGGGGCAUUAAAAGUGUUACUCCUGCGAGACAAUAAUUUAUCAGGGGUUAUUCCAGAUACACUGCUAGGGAAGAAUAUCAUUGUGCUUGAUCUGAGAAAUAACAGAUUGUCUGGGAAUAUUCCGGAGUUCAUCAACACCCAAUACAUCAGAAUUCUUCUUCUCCGAGGGAAUAAUUUAACAGGCAGUAUUCCUCGCCGGUUGUGUGCCGUAAGAAGCAUUCACCUCCUGGAUCUUGCUAACAACAAAUUAAAUGGAUCCAUACCUUCAUGUCUUAGGAAUGCAUCACUUGGUUUGGGGAGAGGAGGAUACAUUAGACGAUUAUUUAUAAUCAUUACGUUUUUUCUUUGGGAGCACCUGUCAGUACAUUUUUCAAAUCUCUGCUCGUGCAAGAUGGGUUUGCUAUCGAUUAUGAGUUAAGCACCCAAACGAAAAUUGAGUUUGCAACAAAACACAGAUAUGAUGCCUACAGGGGUGGAAAUCUCAAAUUAUUGUUUGGACUGGAUCUCUCAAAAAAUGAGCUGAGCGGUGAGAUCCCAAUAGAGUUUGGAGAUCUUCGGAAACUACAUGCUCUCAAUCUAUCUCACAACAACUUAUCAGGAGUAUACCAGAAAGCUUUUCAGGACUGAAGAAUGUGGAAAGCCUUGAUCUUUCUUUCAACAGAUUACAAGGUCAGAUCCCACCACAACUAACGGAGUUGAGCAAUCUUGAGGUCUUUAAUGUCUCAUACAACAACUUUUCAGGAGUCAUUCCACAGGGAAAACAGUUUAACAGCUUUGACAUGCGAAGCUACAUAGGCAAUCCUCUUCUCUGUGGGCAACCAACCGACAUAAGAUGCAUUGGUAAUACCUUUCAAGAAGCAGAUUAUGGAGUGGAAGCUGUUGAAAACACGAUCGACAUGGUUUCUUUCUACUGGAGUUUUGUUGCAGCAUACAUAACAAUCCUUCUUGGGUUACUCGCAUCACUCUCAUUUGAUUCUCCUUGGAGCAGAGUUUGGUUCUACAUCGUCGAUGCUUUGGUUCACAAGGUUAGGAAAUUGUUAUGGUAAAAUACUGCAGGUGACAAAAUGUUUCUUACGUGCUAGUUUCAUUGUCGUCCCCUUCUGUUGUUCUUCUUCUCAAACCUCCUGCUUUGUUUCACAAAACCAGAACAUAGCUUAUGUUUUGGUUCCUCUGUACUGUCUUUUUGUCUUUGAAUAAAAGUAAUGCCUCAAAACAUAUCUUGGACUGGUUUGGUGGUUGGUUUAAUUC